AUGCGGUGUCCGUACUGCUCAGCCUCUCAGGGGCGGUGCGCCACCACAACAAGCGGCCGGUCCAUAACAGAAUGCACCUCCUGCGGCCGCGUAGUGGAGGAGCGUCAAUCCCAGUCACACCACCUAUUUCAUAUCCGCGCCCAAGACUCUCCUCUCUGCCUCGUCACCUCCGACCUCCCCACCCUCCCCAUUCCGGUCACCCCCUCCCCGGCUUCUGACGAUGAGGACCCAUUUGAACCCACUGGUUUCAUUACCGCUUUCUCAACCUGGUCUCUCGAGCCCUACCCAGUAUUCGCCCAAUCCUCAAUUGGCUUCGCCGGCCAUUUAGCUGAGCUGGAAAGAGUCCUGGAAGCGACGUCGUCUUCCACUGCUUCUUCCGGGUCCAAUCCUUCCGGUCCUUCCGUUGUCGUUGAUAAUUUGAGAGCCUACUUACAAAUUAUUGAUGUAGCUUCGAUAUUGCGGCUGGAUUGUGAUAUAUCCGAUCAUGCGUUUCAGCUUUUUCGAGAUUGUUCUUCCGCUACUUGCUUAAGGAAUAGAAGUGUGGAAGCUCUCGCUACUGCUGCACUUGUCCAGGCCAUUAGAGAAGCUCAAGAACCCCGAACUCUUCAGGAAAUAUCAAUUGCGGCGAAUUUGCCCCAGAAGGAGAUUGGGAAGUACAUAAAGAUACUUGGAGAAGCUUUGCAGUUAAGCCAGCCUAUUAAUAGCAAUUCCAUAUCAGUUCAUAUGCCCAGAUUCUGUACACUUCUCCAACUCAACAAAUCUGCCCAGGAGCUGGCUACUCACAUUGGUGAGGUGGUUAUCAACAAAUGUUUUUGCACUCGCAGAAAUCCGAUUAGCAUCUCUGCAGCGGCCAUAUACUUGGCCUGCCAACUGGAGGACAAACGCAAGACUCAGGCUGAAAUCUGUAAGGUAACUGGCUUAACUGAGGUGACUCUUCGUAAGGUUUACAAGGAGCUAUUAGAAAAUUGGGAUGACCUGCUUCCAUCAAAUUACAAUCCAGUUGUCCCUCCAGAAAAAGCAUUUCCAAUGGCAUCAAUAGCGUCAGUUGGGAAUGCUGCCGGUGGGUGUUCUAAUGAUAAGACUCUAGAUGUACGGGCCAUGGAAAUCGACACAAAGCGCCACAUGCCGGUAGAAUGGCAGAUUAGGUCGGAUGAAAAAUUCAUAAGUUCGGCCAGGCCUGUCCAGUUCUCGGCUCCUGCAUCAAGCACAAGUUCCCUCUCUUGGCCAUUACAUUCUCCUGCACGUUUGGGGGCUUCUCCAUCUACUCAGAUCAUGCAUCAGGGUAGUAGUUUUGGCCCAAAAACUCAUCAGAAUGAUGAUGAAAAGGUCAAUCACCGAUUUGAUCUGUGA